UUUCACCGCAGACACAACAGCGGAGACUGAAGAACCGUGGAAAACUACCCACACGACCAUGGAGUGCCGUGGCGCCCUCACCCGUUAGAAAAAGAGAAAGACGGGUGAGAGAGAGAGGGGAGGAGGAGAAAACGACCAGCCGGUUCGCCGGUGCUAAAACACUCCACGCUGUGCACAAGGACAUCGGGACAGAAAUGCCUCCCAAAGACAUGCGAGACAUUAGAGUGCCAGUUUAUCGGGAGUGAUCCGCAAAGAGACGGGUUUGUGUCACUCACUGGUAGGAGGAGAUUCGGAGUCAAACAAAAGGGAUUGAUUUUCCAUAAGCUCCCAAACUGGAAAACUUUGCGGCGGUCGGUGAGGCUGAAACAUGGCUUUGUCAGUGCGGAGUUGGGUCGCGAACGAGGGAGGAAAACACUUGGUUCUGGUGCUGUGGCUGGGUGCUAACACCUUGCUGUUUAUGAGGACGUUCCUAUUGUACUACUGUGGGCAGCAGUACCACUACCUCCAUCAGAUGCUCGGGCUAGGGCUGUGUAUCAGCAGGGCGUCUGCAUCAGUACUCAAUCUGAACUGCAGUCUGGUGCUGCUGCCUAUGUGUCGCUCUCUACUCACCUACCUCAGAGGAACACACACGGUGAGAAGCAGAAAGGCCCGCAGGCUUCUGGACAAGAGUAAGACCUUCCAUAUGGCGUGUGGAGUAGCCAUUUGUGUAUUUUCCGUUGUGCACGUAUCAGCUCAUCUGGUCAACAUGGUCAACUUCAGCGUCAGGUACUCAGAAGAGUUCCCUUCUCUCAACGUUGCUCGCUACAGGGGAGAGGACCCCAGACUCAUCAUUCUGACUACAGUCCCGGGGAUCACUGGUAUCCUAUUGGUCCUCAUCCUCUUCCUGAUGUUCACUGCCUCUUCCUACUGCAUCAGGGUGUCCAACUAUGAGAUAUUCUGGUACACCCACAACCUCUUCAUAGUGUUCUACAUCAUACUGAUUGUGCAUGUGGUCGGUGGUGCUCUGAAAUACCAGACCAACUUUGAGGCCCACCCCCCUGGCUGCCUCAGAGCCAAUCAGACUAACCCGGACAAGACGGAGGAGGAGUCAGGACAGGCUGAAGGAGAUGGACGGAGCUGCAGGGAGGAGGCUCGGUUCCAACCCAACUCACCUGAGACCUGGCUGUGGGUGUCUGGUCCUCUGUGUCUCUACUGUGCUGAGAGGCUAUAUCGUUACAUACGGAGCAACUCCCCCGUCACCAUAGUUGCUGUCGUCAGACAUCCCUGUGACGUCAUCGAGCUGCGCAUGCUGAAGAAGGACUUUAAAGCCCACCCGGGGCAGUACAUUGUACUAAACUGUCCCAGUGUGUCAUCAUUUGAAAACCAUCCUUUCACUCUGACUGCGUGUCCCACGGAGAAGAAAGAAACUUUAGGAAUACAUCUCAGAGUGGUGGGAGACUGGACUGAACGUUUUACAGAGCUAUUGCUUCCUGAUCCAGGAGCCGAGUCAGAGAUCCUACCCAUGGUGCAACAGAGGAGAUACCCAAAGCUGUACGUGGAUGGUCCGUUUGGCAGUUCGUCACAGGAAGUGUUUAACUACGAGGUCAGUCUGUGUGUGGCGGGUGGGAUCGGAGUCACACCAUUCGCCUGCGUUCUGCACGCCCUGCUGGAUGGCUGGAGGCAUUUCCGUCUCAGGAGGCUAUACUUUGUGUGGGUGUGCAGGGAGCUGCAGUCCUUCUACUGGUUUGCUGAGCUGCUGUGUGCCUUACAUCACAAGCUGUGGAAGGAAAACAGACCUGACUAUCUGAACCUACAGCUCUUCGUCAGCCAGACAGAUGGACUUCAGAACAUCUCUGAGGAGAGGUACCGCCCCCUGAGUUCCCGGCUGAUGAUUGGCCGACCGAGGUGGAAGUUGCUCUUUGAGGAGAUUGGGAGGACCAAUAAGCAUAAGCGGGUGGGGGUGUUCUGCUGUGGGCCUAAAGGCAUCUCCAGGACUCUGCACAGACUGUGUAACUCAGACCGCUAUUCAGGAACCACGUUUGAGUUCAACAAAGAGUCCUUCAGCUGAGACCAGCUCCCCCUCACCGUGACCCCUAACCAUAGGCUCUGACCCCUGAUCCCAGACUCACAUUGAGACAGGUGACUUGAACCUACCAUGAAGUGACUCACUGGUUCUCCUUCCAUCAGAGAGAAGCAUCUCACACUCACUGGUGUUGAGUGACGUCAUCAGCGGGCAACUGGGACUUGUUCACGAACCAAGAAGACCUGGUUGUAAGCCACCAUUUUGAGAAAACACUGCCAUAUUGCUUGCCUCACACAAACGCAGUCCUUUCGAAUGGUGGAGAAGUGCCAUGGGGUAGGGCCGAGGGGUUGAUUUGGGAUGGGGUUACCCUUCUGUGUGGGGGCAUCGGGGCCUCGGGGCCUAGGGACAACCCUUUGCCACUCUGUAAGGGACUGUACAGGAAUUAGUAGUUAGCUCUGGACCACAGAGAGAUGCUGUACAACAACCUGAUGUCUGUUAUCACUUUCACUACCCUUCCUUCCUUCCUUCCUUCCUUCCUGUGCAAUCAUUUAAACUUUAAAUCCUCUAUGUAUUCUAAGUCAAAGCAAAGUCAACCAGUCAAAGCAAAGUCAACCAGUCAAAGCAAACUCAACCAGUCAAAGCAAAGUCAACCAGUCAAAGCAAACUCAACCAGUCAAAGCAAAGUCAACCAGUCAAAGCAAACUCAACCAGUCAAAGCAAAGUCAACCAGUCAAAGCAAACUCAACCAGUCAAAGCAAAGUCAACCAGUCAAAGCAAAGUCAACCAGUCAAAGCAAAGUCAACCAGUCAAAGCAAACUCAACCAGUCAAAGCAAAGUCAACCAGUCAAAGCAAACUCAACCAGUCAAAGCAAAGUCAACCAGUCAAAGCAAAGUCAACCAGUCAAAGCAAAGUCAACCAGUCCUGGUGCCAGUAUUUUAGUAAUUGUUUUAUAUUUCAAUUAUUUAUAUUGUUUAAAGUUACUAGAUGUACUUUUCUCUCAUUGUGUUUCACCAUUUCUUCUAAUGUGUCCCAUUUAAGACUGAACAACAAAACAGCUUUACACUUUACCAAACCAUACAUAUUUACCAUUGAUUAAGUAUUGAAGAAAUAUAUACAGUAUAUAUAUUUAAUUGUUUCUGAAUAAUGUUUUUUGGAUGUUGGAUUGUUUUGAUGAGAGCAAAGCACAACCCUAAUUAAAUAGGUUUUAUACAGAUCUAUUUACUACAUGUUAACUACACGGGUACUACAUGUUAACUACACGGGUACUACAUGGACACUAUGCGUCCACUGUCUGUUUCUACGAACUUGUUGUCUUUCCACAGCCAGUACAGCCCAAAAUAUCUCGGACACACACAUUUUAUCAAGACGGAUUUAAUGCACCAUAUAAAAAUACAAUUUAUAUCAU